GCAAAGUGCCAUCUUCGGAAAAUCGGUGAACAUGUUUUCGUCUUUUUCUGUUUUAGACUCGGCCUGCUCGUUCGAGUCAAUCUGAAGAUCGUAUCAGUCGACAAGAUACAAAAACUGUCAAACGACGAAAAGCUCGUAGAAGAGCUAAAUCUGCUGCAAUCUUUGCACAAGAACCAUCAUUGCUACAUGGUUUUGAAGAUGAAGUAAUUGUUGAACAAAGAUCUAAAGGCGCUAAUAAUAUAUUGCCUGAUCUGUUAAUAAGUUCAAAUGUCACAAAAAGUACACCAGCUAAUCGAAUUUAUUUUGAAAAUAAAAAAACAUUUUCAAGUGUGAACAAAUCAACAAUAGACAAAGAUGCUUUACGUUUCGCGACCUCAGCUCAACUGCCAUACGAUGUUUCUUAUCAACAACAGUCAGCUGAAAUGUUAAAGCGCUACACAGUGCAAGUUGCUAAACAAACACAUACAUUUUUGCAACGUUUAUUUUUAUUUAUUCAUGGGAUUAAUGCGGGAUAUGCCUUCUGGAUAAUCGAUCCUGUUAAAUUUAAUCGUACCGUAUUUUUUCAGUCAUUAAGUUUACAAAAUAGUGCUGUUGCCAUUUUAUUUUAUUCUGUUGCGAUGAUUGUCAAUUUGUAUAUGAUGCAAACCGACGAUUAUUUGAGAAUGACACAAUAUUCAAAUCAGACUACAAUUGAGGAUACGGUUUUGACUGAUGUUUUAAUUCCAACAUGGAAACGUUUGAAUGCUGUGCGAGCUGCAUUCAUUAUGAUUGCUUGGCUUGUAGUCACUUUCCAUGUUAAAAAUGAUCGUCUAAGUACAUUGAUUAAAAAUACCGAAGAAAAAGCCUUCUAUGAAGAACUUCGAAUUGAACAAAAUACAGCACCGAUGAUAACAGGAACGAACGCAUGA